AUGUCCGGAAAAGCUCAUGGAGGUAAAGGUAAAUCAGGCGCCAAAGAUGGUGGCUCAUUGAGGUCUCAGUCUUCCUCGGCAAGAGCAGGUUUGCAGUUCCCUGUCGGUAGAAUCAAGCGUUAUUUGAAGAGGCAUGCUACUGGUCGAACAAGAGUAGGGUCUAAAGCCGCCAUUUAUUUGACUGCCGUUUUGGAAUACCUAACUGCGGAAGUGCUAGAGCUGGCUGGUAACGCAGCUAAGGAUCUAAAAGUCAAGAGAAUUACCCCAAGACAUUUGCAAUUGGCUAUCAGAGGUGACGAUGAACUGGAUUCUUUGAUUAGAGCCACAAUUGCCUCAGGUGGUGUCUUGCCUCAUAUAAAUAAGGCUCUAUUAUUAAAAGUGGAAAAAAAGGGUAAUAAAAAAUAA